AUGGAGCGGACGCGCGGGCCGCGGGCCGAGGUCGACGUGCCUGAGGAGGAGGAGGAGGUGGGGGCGAGCAUGGCUGCCGCCGUGGUGGCGGCGGCGGGCGGCGCGGGCCCGGCAGUGCUGCAGGUGGCCGGCCUCUACCGGGGACUGUGCGCGGUGCGGAGCCGUGCCCUGGGCCUGGGGCUCGUGUCACCGGCUCAGCUGCGUGUGUUCCCGGUGCGCCCCACCUCGGGCCAGCCCCCGGGGGGCGCCGACGCCAAUAGGGUCCAGGCCGAGCUCGAGGCCAACCCCUUCUACGACCGCUACCGCGACAAGAUCCAGCAGCUGCGCAGAUCUGACCCAGCUGCUUUUGAGUCACGACUGGAGAAGCGCAGUGAAUUUCGGAAGCAGCCAGUGGGGCACUCCAGGCAAGGUGAUUUUAUCAGAAGUGUGGAACAGAAGGCAGACGCUUUGGGGAAACAGUCUGUGAGCAGAGGAUUCACUAAAGAUAAGACUCUCAGUUCAAUCUUUAACAUUGAGAUGGUGAAAGACAAAACUGGAGAAGAAAUAAAACAGAUUUGGCAGCAGUAUUUUGCAACAAAAGAUACAGUCUUCGCAGUUAUUCCUAAAGAGAAAUUUGAUUUGAUCUGGAACCGGGCUCAGUCAUGUCCAACAUUUCUGUGUGCACUACCAAGAAGGGAAGGUUAUGAGUUCUUUGUAGGACAAUGGACAGGUACUGAACUCCACUUCACUGCACUUAUAAAUAUUCAGACCCGAGGGGAUGCUGCAACCAGCCAACUGAUUUUAUAUCACUACCCUGAACUUAAGGAUGAAAAAGGCAUAGUGCUCAUGACAGCAGAAAUGGACUCCACAUUUCUGAGUGUUGCUGAGGCACAGUGUAUCGCCAACCAGGUUCAGCUCUUUUAUGCUACUGAUCGCAAAGAGACCUACGAAUUAGUGGAAACCUUUAACUUCAGACCAAAUGAGUUCAAAUAUAUGUCUGUCAUCGCUGAAUUGGAGCAAAGUGGUCUUGGAGCAGAACUGAAAUGUGUCCAGAACCAGGAUAAAACCUAAAGCCGAAGGGUUUACUGAUAGAGUCUGCUCAGCCUUGGAGAAUCUACAGCACCCACCCCUCUGAACUCUGGGGAAGGAGCUCCACAUCUACAAUGAACAGACUCUAAGGAUUAAUCAUGGAGGCGAGCCCUAUUACUUGAUAUUCAGGAAUGAAGGUACCCAAACAUUCUGAUAAUUAUCUCCCAGCAUACUUGAAGUUUCCUUUUUUAAAUGUUUAAAUUCCUAACCAGAGAAGCCAAGGAUCCACAAGAUGGUUGACUUGAUGGUACAGUGUAACAACACAUUUGCAUUUUGGUUUUUUUUGACUUCACAGCUUGCAGAUGAUUAGUUCUUCAUCAUAAAUUUAAGACACGAUAAUAAGCUUGAAGACCUGCUGUAGUUAGCUGUAGGCUUUGUAAAUUCUUCCUAUGCACCACUUGGCUGGCCAAAAGUAUAACCCAAAUAUCCUAUUUGCUUCUAGAACAACCAGGUAUUGUGAUCAGGAUUAUAACUUCACCUCUAUGCCCCCUAGAGUUGCCUUUAAAGUGUAGCUGAUUUAGAGUAGCAGUAGAUUUCAGGUAUAGUUAACCACACAGGUACAAUGCCUGUAUUUUAUUAAACCACAGUCUAUGGCACCUGCUUCUUUGACUCUGCCUGUUAGAAGGAGGUGUAUUUGAACUAAGUGAAUAUGUGCAGUGUAAAUAAACAACACUUUUGUAAGGAUAGGAUCAACCUAGAUUUGCAUGUUUUGUUUUGUUUUUUUAAACAACUCAAAGUUGUGCCAGUAUUAUAUAAAAAAGUGGGUGGAAGCAAAUGUCCCCAGAUUGGGUGUGGGGAAAAUGUAGCAAUAAAAUAAAGUCUGGUUUACCAUCUUUGUUACACUACAUAGUGAAGUCUAAGUUGUGUGCUGUCCAUGUGUCACUGCUGUGGACUAAUUUGAUCAGAACUCAUCUUUGGAUUCCAGUAGUUGCUUGAAACGCCAAAAAUAAGAACAGAGCUCUCCAACACUGCAAACUCAUGUUUGGCUUGUCAUGUCCUAUUGUAACUCCAAGUUCAGAGAUAAAAGAGGGUGAUGGUUACUCACCAGCCUUCUGAACCUGAGGUCCCAAGUAUUGUGUCAACCAUGUUUUACUGUGCAUUUCCUUUUCUUAAUCUGUCAUGUUCCACUUUGCAGUUCCUGCCUAAGAUCUGGUUAUAGGUAACUGAAUAUGUUGAGUAAGAGUUUAACCAAUAUUUGCGGUUGGUUUUCUUUAUCACAGGAGACUUUUUAUUGGUUGCGCCUCUCCCCAAGUUCUUUAAAUGGAAUUGAACUUAUCAUUAUUUUCUGACCUGUGUAUUUUGUUGUACUUGGGAGUCUAUGUGUAGGGAAAGACAGAUAGUAUUUGUUUAACAAUCUGGAGAAGUUGCUAUUUUUCACAGUUUCUCUGAAGGCUGAGCUAUUUCCUAAUGUAAACUCUGGACCUGUCCCUAGCUCUGACAGUUCAUUUUUGAGAAACUUGAGUGUGGAUGUAUUGAGUCGCAGGAAUCUUUGAAAUCAGAUGGAGUUGCUUUUGUGGGUAUCCAGUUAUGUUUGCUUUUUUCCCUCCAGAUGGACCCAGUUCCAGCCAUGGUAUGUUUUCAUAACACCUCUGCCAGAGGUGAGAAAAUGAUUGGAAAAGAAGUAAGAACUGGCUGCUCAUUUUAUUAUUCCUCCCAGCUUUGCCCUAAAUUUUCUUUUGCCAAAGAUGGAUGUAUCCUUUGACAAUUACACUGAACAAGAUCAAAGUACCAUCUGGCUAUUCUUUAUAUUUUACCAUAGCAAUAGCAAGAUCUGGCACAGAACCAAAUGAAAAUUACAACAUUUAAUCAGUGAAUUUGUCUCCUGGUACAUGCUGUUAUAGGAAGUGGAUAGGCUUUAGAUAAGUGAGUUAAGAGUUAACUGAAUUGGGAUUCAUUAGCUCUAUAGUGUUGAACAAAUUAUUUAAAUUCUCUGAUUCUGUUUCUUCAUCUGUAAAAAAUGGGGAUGAUAUCUACCUCAUAGGAUUAUUGUGUGAAUUAAAUUAAUAUAUAUAGACUAUAAUAGAGUUUAAUAUCAACCCCUUUUUAUCUUCCCUACUCCCAUAACACAAGUUAGCAAGAACAAUACAAGUUAGCAUUUCAGGUGUGCCGAUCAUUCUUGAUUCCAGUUUAAAGAGUAAACCUUAUGUCACAGGUUCUCAAGCUCUAAGACAUAGUAGAAUUGCUUAGAGAACUUUAAAAUGCACAUGGCCAGGUCCCAGACCUUCAAUUUGCUGAGUCAGUUUUUGCAGGAGGCACUGGGCAAUCUAUUUUGAUAUGUGCUCCAGUUGAUUCUGAUGUAGGUAAGGAGCCAGCCACACUAAGAACCAUUGUCUUAGGUAUUCCUCACAAAAAAUGCCCCAUCAGCCAGAUCUUUCUUCCCUGUGGACAUUAACCUUAGGAUUGUGUUCCUUUUCUCUUUGCCUCCCACAGUGGUCCCUUCUGCAUACUCUACAUUAUACUUAUUUAUUUAUGUGUCCCUUUUCCCCAGUAGACUGUGAGCUCCUUGAGGGCCAGGAUUAAUCUCCAUUCUCAGUGUCAAGGACAUGGCCUAGAACGUAGAAGAUACUCAGUUGUUUGUUGAAUAAAAAAAUGACAUAGAUUUUAGCCAAAACAUUAUCUUGUUGUGUGUGUGCCUAUAUUUAA